AUGGAUCUACUCGGCUACAUCAAACCAGCGGUCGACUACUUCUCCGCCCUUGUCGACACGGAUCUUGCGGCGAAAGACGAAGAAUCCUCUGCGCAGCAGGACGUGACGCGCACUACCGUGCAGUACGCACUCGAGACCGACGAAGUGCUUCAGAAGAGCUCCGAUGAUGUCGCAGCUCUCACGACGACCUCCGAGGAUGCCAAGGAAGUUGCCGCAAGGGGUCAGGAGCCGGCCUACGUAGAGCCUCGAGACGGCCCCGACGCUAUCGAGGAGGUCGUAAGUGAAAGUCACGAGACAGAGGCCGUCGAAGGCCAAGACGUCGUCAAUUCUCCCUCUGCUGACGACGAGCGUGUUCAAGCCAUGCUGCUGCACGCUUCGGCUGUGGCGUCAAGUCUCCAGGGUCCCAAAUGCACGGUUGUGCUCGAACCCGUCGAGCUGCUUCGCUGUCAGUUUGACCCUAGGAGCUCAUACAUGUUUAAUCGCAAGCCGAUGUCACUUCGCAAGAUGACGCACGAGAUUGCCAUCAGCGCUGCUUCCGGCGAGAAGCUGCGUGCUCAUCGCCUCGACACAGACGACCGAACCUACAUCACAAGCCUGUUCACCAAGCAUCUACUCACCGCGGCGCCGCCUGUGAUCAACUUCGAUGGUCCCGAUCUGCUCGUCACUUGCGCAAACCAAGGUGACCUCGGAGGCCUCUUCCAGAAGAUCGAGAAGUAUGGCAAGCUUGGGCCUCUCAAUGCUCAGAUCAAGACCAAAGGAAUGCCCUUCACGCCUAUCUUCUGGUCCCUGAAAGGCCUGUCCGUUCGUCAAGACCUACUUCAGCUCGCCAAGGACGUCCAGAGCUACGCUGACCGAAACGUACAUGCACUCGGCAAGUGGCGAAUCGCAUACGCCAGCGUCGAAAGCAUUCCCUGUGUCGACAAGUCAUAUUUCACAGGCGAUGUCAUCAUCGUGACCGACGCAGAGACCUUUCGUAACUCUGGCAACAAGACCCUGCCAAUCUUCCAGGGCAACAAGCCUCGUCGUCUUCCCAGCUUGCAGGGUCUGCACAAGUUUGGCACGGCCGUCUGA